UAACUGCAACUUUGAUUCAACUUGAGUUUACAAAUUCCUAAAUUAGUUUUAGUUUCUCGAAAAUAGUUUAAUUUCAACUAUUAACUAAAAUAUAACUGAUUACUUUCACUCUAUAACAUUAAUGUUAUUUUUUAAAAACUUAUUUUCUUAAUCAGCUCGUAAUCAAAAAUCAGAGUUAAAUGCUUCGUCGUAUCUUAUAAAUAUUUCUCUUUUCGUCUGCUCAUACACAAUGUCCGUUACGGUUCAUCAGAUUUUGAACGAUGCAAAGCGACUUGUCAAUCGUCUUCGAGAGCACGAAUCAAGUGCGGACAAUAUUAUUCAGCAAACACAAACUCUUUAUAAAAAUAUAGAUGCCAUGAAAGAAUAUAACGAAGAAGUGAAUGAUCAAAAUAUGGCUAACCAGGUGCGACCACCAAUUGUUUUUAAUGCACAACAGGAAAAUAAACAUAUAAAAGAUCUACUACAGGAAAACAAAGAACUCAGGGAUAUGCUAGAAGAACAUCAAUCAGUAUUGGAAUUAAUUAUGAGCAAAUAUAGGCAACAGGUUACAGAAUUAGUAAAUUCUUGCUCACUCAAAAAUGAUGGCAGCUAUAUGAAUAAUUCUCAGGAACUGCAAAAAAUGGCCGAUAAUAUUUGUGAAAUAGCAGAUGUUAUGAAGCAAGCUGUGAAGAUUGAUGAUGUUAGUUAUAUUAAUGAAAUUGAAAAGCUGACUGAACUGGUAACAGAAAACUAUGGUUUGCGAGAACUACUCGACAUAAGUAAAACUUUUGGAUCUUUGCAUAACCCACUAAAUACACCUGAAAUGAGUGAUAAAGAAAUUCAAACUGAUGUUUAAAUAUACAUUUAUUGUAGACAAAUAAGUGUAUUGCAAUAUAUUAUAAUGUAUAAUCAAGUACAGCUAUAUAUUCUUGUGCACUGGUUUGUUCAAAUGAGGGUUGUGUUUUUCCUUGAAAUAUAACUUGUUCAUGAUCAUAUUUUUAUAAUAAGGUUAUUUUGUUACACAGACUAAAUAAAUAAACAAAUUUGAGGUUGUA